AUGCCUUGGUGGGGCAAGUCCAAGGAGGAGCCCAAGCCUGAGCAGGCUCAGGACAACAGCACGUCAGCCAGCUCCUCCUUCGAUCCGCACAAGCUGCCCCCGAGGGAACGUCUUCCCAAGGGGCUUCAAAAGAUUGUCGACAAAGCCGAUGAGGAUGGCAGGCUCUAUGAAGACCUGCGCGAGGGAUACGCUCGCCCGUCCACCGACACCAACCUUCGCUAUGCCGCCUACGCCACACGACUACGAACGAUCCUACUCUCAGCGCACCGCUACGUUGCGUAUACGUCGGACAUUGGCGAGUCGUUCCGGCCGGUGGCGCACCCCUACAUGGUGCGGACGGCGUACGGCAUCUCGUGGAUGUACAUCCUCGGCGACGUUUCGUACGAGGGCUAUAAAGCGUACUGGCACAAUCAGCGUAUCCUCAACCCGCAGCUGCAGCUCACGCCGCAUCAAGAGAAGGUGACUGGACUGCCGGCGGAAAGUCCAGCGCCCGAGGAUGCGAAGCCCGGGAGUGUGUCGCCCCUCGAGGACUGGCGGACCGUCAUGGUGCAACGAGGCAUCUUUCAGAGCGUAGCGAGCAUGGGUCUGCCGGCAUUCACGAUCCACAGCGUGGUGCGGUAUUCGGGACGGGCGAUGAAGAACGUCAAGAACGUGACUUUGCGCACGUGGGCGCCCAUUGGGCUUGGCCUGGCGAUUGUGCCUUUCCUGCCAGCCAUGUUUGACGAGCCAGUCGAGCACGCGGUCGAGUGGGCCUUCCAUCGAGGCUUCGAGACGUUUGGCGGCAAACAGGCCGUAGGAGACGCGCCCAGGACGGGGCGAGAAAGGGUGCUGAACCAGAAGGUGAUCAAGGACGAGUAG